CCUUCAGGGAUCUCCCGUGGGCACCAUGGGCACCGUGAAGAAACCCAACUGGAGACCUUCAGGGAUCUCCCAUGAGCACCAUGGACAAACCCAACUGGAGACUUCGAGGACCUUUGGGGACCUUCAGGGAUCACCCAUGAGCACCCAUGGAGACUGUGGAGAAACCCAACUGGAGACCUCGAGGAUCUUUAUGGACCUUCAAGGAUUACCCGUGGGCACCGUGGAGAUCGUGGAGAAACCCAACUGGAGACCUCGGAGACCUUGGGGACCCCCUGUGAGCACCAAGGACACCCCGGAGAGCUCGGGAAUCUCCCCCCCCGUGAGCACCGAGGACACCCCGGAGGCCUCGGGGUCUGAGGGCACCGAGGGCACACCUGAGGCACGGCCUGGGCACCCUCACCUGUCCCCAGGGCUCCUCCAGGUGUUCCAGGACACUCGGUGGGGGGGGAGGCCCUGGAAAGCCUGGAGACCCCCCCAGGACGCUGCAGACACACCUGGGACCCCCCCUGGGUACCCCAACCCCACCACUCCGGCGGUGGCCGGACCACCUGGAGCGGUGCCCCCCCCUCACCUGAUCCAGGUGUGUCCAGGUGCCGAGUGGGGACUCCACGGGGCUGGGGGGGGGCAGGGGGGAGGUCUCUGCUCGCUCUCUCCUCCUUUCCAUGUUUUUCCUUAAUUUUUCUGGGGAGGGGGAGGAAUUUCUGGGGAGAAAGAACAAAAAGAUGAGGAUUAAUCCCAUGUUUAAUUAGACACCCGUUAUCAGGUAACGAGGAAUCGCCGCCGACGCGAGGAGUGGCGACUCCUUGGGAGCCACAGACCCAAAUCCAUCUAUUUUUAUAACAGAAUAUUAAAAAUAUCCUGAAAAAAUCCCCAAAAUCGCCUUUCCAGAGGGGGUGGGAUCCUGGUUUGUGCCCCCCAAGUUCCUUGGAAGCAGCUUUUAACCCCCCAGCGGGGUCACGGCGUGUUUUGGGGGGUCAAUGGAACUAAAACUUCAGGGAUUCCCUCUGGAACCCCCAAAAUUUUGGCUGGGGGGGGGGGUCUUGUCACGCUUCCCCCCCCCCCCCCCCCCGCCUUCCCCAAAUACCCCAAAAUGGGCAUUUUUUGCCCCAAAUUCCUCCGCUCGCUGGGGUUUGGCCACUUGGAGCCAAAAAACAGGCGGAACUUCCCCCCCCACCCCAAACCCCCAACCCCGAGUCUCCUGUCCUCAUUAUAAUUGUUAUUAUUCUUAAUUAUUCUUAAUUAUUCUUCUUAUUAUUAAUUAUUAUUAUUAAUUAUCGUUGUUGUUGUUGUUAUUAUUAUUAUUGCGGUUCUUAUUUAUUUUCCCUUCGCCGCCGGGAUAAUUUCUCGCUUUUCAGUGGUUUAUUUCCGAUUUAUUUCCAAUUCUUCCCUGCUUUUCCCCCAAUCCUGGGACCCUCCCAGGACCCUCUUUUUCCCCUGGGACCCCCCCCUCAAGCCCCUUCCUGGCUCUUGUAUUUUUUUUUGUGUCGUGCCUGUGUGAAGCUUCUUGUAGUUUUAAUUAUUAUUAAUAUAAAUAUUUAGGAGGGACCCCCCCGUGUCCAGAUCCGCCGUCACCCCCCAAACUCUGACCCCCACCCCCUUUCCCGGGGAUCCAGCCCUGGAAUUCGGGGGGAGAACGGGGGGACCCCCAAUUCAGUAGCAAUAAGGGGGUCCCCACCUCAGCCCCGGCCGAUUUUUGGGGGGGGCCCAACGAGGGGACAAAACGUGCCCGGGGAACCCCCCCUGUGGCACCGCGGGACCCCCCGGAGGGGACCGGGACCCCCCCCGGCCCCCACCCCUGGACUCGACUCUUUGUAUUUUUCAUGG